AUGACUCUAAUGACCAGCACUUUGACAGAUCAGAUUCCUGCAACCAUGAUAAUGCUGGGCAUCUUCUGCAGUAUCGGUUGCAUCGGCAACACUAUUGUGAUUGUGAUCUACUCCACCAAGCAUGAUCGUCUCACCUCCACUGUGUUCAUCCUGGCUCUGGCGAUGGUAGACUCUUUCGCCUGUGUCUGUCUCAUGCCUCUCACCAUUUACAUUGAAUCGGUGGAGUGGCGAAUUCAGUCGGAGUUUUUGUGCAAGUUCUACUACGUCAUCAACAACUCUUUCAUUCCCUUCUCCUCUCUCCUCAUCUCGGGCAUUGCCUUUGAUCGCUACUUCGCCAUCUGCCAUCCGUUUUCCAAAAUCAUCACGGUCAGUCGGGCGAAGCAGAUAAUAAUUGUCAUGCUCUCAUUGGCCCUCCUCCUCGGCGGCGUGUCUUCCAUGACGAUUGUGGUGAAGCUGAUCCCCACUGGCAACACUUCUGCUCCAGAAUACGAAUGUACGGAGACACGAAUGCUGAACACUACCAAGACUCAAAUGGUUAUUUAUCACAUUGUUCAGGGCAGUCAGAUCUCCAGCUACGUUCUUUGCAUUCUCUCGGUGAUCAUUCUCUAUGUCCUCAUCUUUCGAUCAGUCCUCAUCGUACGAUUUGUGUCCUUUUUUUAUUUGACUUUUACGCGCAUUCUAGUCGAGUAA